ACCACCGCCAUAAGAAUUUUUGGACCACCUGGUAUCGAUUGUUUGUUUUUUUUUGCAACAAACAUUUUAUAUUAGUUAUGCGUGCGUGGCCAAAAUGCUAAUUGUCUGGUUAGUGCUUGCCGCCACACUGAGCCGCUGCAUCCGAGCCGAGACCACGAUAUCGAUACCGAUCACAACGCAGGACAUAAUAGCGGGUGACGUGUUUUUUGAAAUCCUCUCGCCCUCGGACCUGGAGUACACCUACCGGCUGCGCCCGGCCAAGGACUUUGGAGCCGCCUUCUCGGAGCGGCUGGAGGGCGUGCCGCUGGUGCUCACCGAUCCGCCGGGCGCCUGCCAGGAGAUCCGCAACGCCCGGGAUCUCAAUGGGGGCGUCGCACUCAUCGAUAGGGGGGAGUGCUCCUUCGUCACCAAAACGCUGCAGGCGGAGGCAGCGGGCGCCUUGGCUGCCAUCAUCACGGAGUAUAAUCCCGGAUCCCCAGAGUUCGAGCACUACAUCGAGAUGAUACACGACAACUCGCAGCGGGACGCCAAUAUACCGGCCGGCUUUUUGCUCGGCAAGAACGGCGUCAUCAUUCGGUCGACGCUGCAGCGACUGAAGAGGGUGCACGCCCUGAUUAACAUACCGGUUAACCUCACCUUCAUCCCGCCCUCCAAGAUCAACCAUCCGCCGUGGUUGGGCUGGUGACGCGGCUGGCAGGAUUGCCAGGAUACGAGCUGAAACCAAAGUGCAUACUCGUAGUAGGCAGAUAAAUCGAGAAACCGCAACUGAGACUAAACUUUAGAGUACUAAAUAAGUAGCUAAUUCGUAGACGGAAGCCAUAAAUUGUAAAUAAAUUGCGUAGCAGCAUCCACAGAUAGUUGGGUCGCAAAGUUGUAAGCUAGACAAA